GUUGGUGGAGCACCACAACAAACCCUUGUUCUCUUCCCAAAGUGAAGUGAACUCAAGUGAAAAGAUUAGUAGUGUUUGUGUUUGUGUUUCUUGAUGGAUAGCAACUUGAGGGUUCGAUUGGUUUUUGAAGAUGAACACAUUCUGAGCAAGUCUCAAAGAUCACAAGGGUUGCAACAGAGCUGGCUUCUUGUUAAACCCAAUCAGCAUCCCAAUUUCUCUCAGCUUUCUGACCACCUCCUUCAUCUUUUUGGUCUUCAUCAGUCUUGCCCACAUGGCCUUGUUCUCUCUAUGGAUGGCUUUGUGUUGCCUCCGUUUGAAUCCACUUGUUUUUUGAAAGAUAAAGAAAUUAUCAGUGUGAAAAAGAAAGGACGCAAGUCAUCUAAUGUUGUCAAAGUAGCCGACAAGAAUGGCUCAGCUGAUGAAUUAGAGAUUGUGAAAGGUGUGGAACUUUUAGCUAAUGAAGAAUUUAAUAAGGAAUCAGGGGGCUACCAAAGUGAUUCCGAAGAUGAUGAAGAUGCCAAUGCAGUAGAAAAUACAUUGGGUGGAAAUGCACUUUCAAAGAAAAGAAAAGCAUCUGAAGGACUUGUGGGGUCAACGACAAAGAAACAUAAAGUGGCAGUUCCUGAUGGUGCCAAAAAGGAUCAUCGCACAAACAAGAAUAAGGGCAGACAUGAUGAUGGAGUUCUUGUGCGCAAGAGUCAUCACAAGAAGGAAAAAUCAUCUAAAACAAAGACCAAACCAGAUACAGAAAAUAUUUCAGAAAGUACUGAAAGUAGUAGUUCUGAUGAAUCUUCUAAAAGUGUUAAGAGUGAUCAGCUGGAAGAGAAUGAUAAAGAGAACAAGGACACUUCCCCUGCUCCAACUAAAAAGCUUCCAAGUAGAAGUGCCCGCCGUAAAAAGGCUAAGAGGCAAUGGUUGCGGGCAAUGGCUAAAAUUGGAAAGAAGGAGGAGGUUUGCGAUACUAAAAGACCAGUUGGUGAUAUUAGAAGACCACUAAAACAGAAGGAAAGACGACCCAGAACUGAAAAGAAAGAGGUUAUUAGCCAAUCAAAAGGACUUCUCCAUUGGAAGCAGUCACAUGAAGGAUACAAUAAAUAUAAGAAAGAAGAUAGUGCUCCAGUCUUGGCAAGGCCAGGGCAUAUCCGGUUUGAUCCUCUGGAUGAAGAUGAAGCUGUUCCGGAGAGUCAGGUAUCUAUGGAAAAUUUUCAGUGGAAUGGAAUCACUAGUAAGAAGCAAGGGCAAAAAUGGGGUAUUGAGAAGAUUUCAUCUACUCAAAGAAAUGAUCAUACUAACAACGACGGAGAUCAUUCUGAUACUCACAAUAUCGUAAAAGAUAUUGUUAUUAGCUCUACCAUUGAAUUUAACGAACUUCCUCCACUUCCUGGAAACAUGCCGAAGGAAGGUCACGUGAUUGCAUAUCGGCUGCUCGAAUUAUCAUCAUCAUGGACUCCCGAGCCUUCUGAGUUCCGAGUUGGAAGAGUAUUAUGGUACAAACCUGAAUCCAAAUCAAUCAUGCUAGCCCCUGUUCCAGAAUAUCCGGUUGUUCUUGAGAAGUUAGACGGGGAUGAGCCUGCAUCACAGCAAGAUAUACCUCUUUACAAGGAGGAUGGAUCGUUGGAGAUAGAUUUUAGAUCACUUAUUGAUGUUCGUAUAGUCAAGAUAGAUGAAACAAAUUCCGGAAAAGAUGCAACUGUCAAAGUUGGUGGAGGUCCUGUAGGCAAUGAGAAUGCUACAUCGAGCUUGUCUGAAGAUAAACAAAAGCAGAUACCAGACAAAGGUGAUGGAGAGGUAAAUUUGUGGGAUCACUUUACCGAGGAUUCAAAUACCAAGAAGAUAGAGUUGUCCGAGGACAACGGUUGGAGUACUUGGACUGAGGGCGCAUCGAGGAAGAAUGCCCCAUCGUAUAGAGCAUGGAGAGGCAGUGCACUUGGUCCGACAAUGUCUCGUCUUCGAUCAAAACAAGGCAAAUGAAGAACUGACAUGUAUGCAUGCUAAAUGGAGUCAUAGUCGCUUCUUCCCCUACCAGUUUGAAACUUUCAGUACAUUUUCUUUUUUUUAUCUAGAAGAAAUGCGAGAUGUUGUACUCUUUAACUGUUUCUUGUGUGCUCAACUAUGCUUAAUUAUAUCCUCCUGUUCUAA